CGCCGCCGUCACCGCCCCCGGAAAAGGCGGGGCGACGCGGGCGGGGCGGCGGCUAAAAGCCGGGGCGGCCGCCGGCUCUUGACUGCGCCGCCGGUUCUGCCCGGCCGUCGAGAAACCGUCCCUCGCUCUGCCCCGGGUGCCGCAGGCCUUGCCUGGCGCCAUGGAGGCCGCGGCGGGCGGCAACUUCUCCGACUGCCCCAACGGCUCGCAGUGGGUGCAGGAUGUGUUUGACGAGUGUGCCCGCGAUGGCCGUGAUGUGGCCAGUGUCGUGCUGGGGCUGGUGUCCAUUUGCUGCUUUGCUGCUGCCUCCUUCCCGCAGUUCUACCAAGCCUGCAAGACAGGUGUCAUGGACCAGGCACUCUCCAUCUACUUCCUGCUGGGAUGGCUGGGUGGAGACCUCCUAAAUCUCAUCGGCUCCUUCCUGGCUAAUCAGCUGCCCCUGCAGAUUUACACUGCUGUUUACUAUGUGCUGGCAGACCUGGUCAUGCUGUCUCUGUACUGCUACUAUAAAGCCAAGAACCAAAGCGGAGGAUUCCGUGCUCCGAUCAACGCAGCCUUCCUCUUCGUUUUCCUGGGAACGGUAUCAACCAUGUCCUUCCUGGGCAGAGAGAGCGGCUUGGCGUGGGAACCGGUGACGUUCAAAGGGAGGGCUCUUCUGUCCACUGGUGUGCAGGAGUCUGGGUAUACGCCAUUCACCAGGAAUGAAAUCAUCGGCUUCACCAUCGGCUCCAUCUCCUCUGUGCUCUACCUGUGCUCCCGGCUCCCCCAGAUUUAUACGAAUUACAAGAGGAAGUCGACUGUCGGGGUCUCCUACUCCCUGUUUGCUCUGGUGAUGCUGGGGAACACUCUGUAUGGCGUAAGCGUACUCCUGAAGAACCCAGAGCCAGGCCAGAGUGAAGGUGACUACAUCCUACACCACCUUCCCUGGCUCAUCGGCAGCCUGGGCGUCCUCUCCCUUGAUGUGAUCAUCUCCCUCCAGUUCCUUGCUUACCAGAAAGGAAGGCCUGGCACUCCACAAGAGAGGGAUGCCCUCCUUGGCAAGCAGGAAGAACCCUUCGACAGCUGACCAAGGGGACUUGCUCUGGUGUGCGGACAAGGAGAUGCAGGCGAGAAAGCUGACCUUAAAGCCAGGCCAACUGGACUCAGUCCUGUUGUCUUUGGGUGGCCUUUGGAAGAGGAGGCCAUGAGCCAGGGAGUGAUGUGUGAUGCUGCUAAGGUGUCCUGCCUGCCCAGGACUCUGCUGGGAGACCUUGCACCUCGCUGAUACCAAUGAUGCUAACAGGAGAAACAGGGAAGAACUAGAUACCUCAGAUGGUCACUCCACUGCUCUGGAGCCCCACAGCCAAACUUGGUCACUUCUGCUUUCUGUACUGUAUCUCAAAGGUGAUCUUGACCUUUUCUGUUACUGGCAAAAGUGAAAAGAGGCCAAGAUGCUGUGGGGAGGGGACAGAGCUAGGAGCGGCCUGUCACAAGACAUGAGCACCACUUCCCUUCUGCCCUUCACUUGCUGCUCUUGCAUCUCCACUGCUGAACUUCUGGAAGAGCCAGCAGUGAGGGGAACUGGUGGGGGGGGAGCAAAAGUGUUUUAAUCCCACCUCUGUAUUUUAAUUGCUAUGGCUUACACUUCUAUAAAAACAAGUCCUUGCCCCCUGUGCCUCUGUUGCUUUUGUUUUGUGGGUUUACCUGGCUGUUGCUGCCUCUUAAUUAGCUUCAUAUUCCCCCUUUCUUUGAAAUGCAUGAACUUUGCUUUCUUCAUCUCACUUAGCCCCAGUUAACAAAAAAAACCCACCUUCUUGGGGCAAGCUAGUGCCUUUCUUUUUGUUUAGCCUCUAAUGCAAUGAAGUAGGCAGAAGUGAGGGAAGAGAGAUAUCUGUCCACAUCCUGCUUGAUUACUACUAGCUUUUACAUGAGACACAGCUCCUUGGUGAUGUGCAAACCCUGUUACAGGAGCAGGAAUGUGGUUUCCAGCAAGGCUGCAGUCCUGGCUGCUGGCUUUCUGCUCAGGCUUGGUUUUAGUCUAGUCUUCUCUCCCUGACAAAUUUAUCCCUGACUCCUCUGUCUCAUUUCUUCUCCUGGGGUGUUGCCCUGUGUGCCAGCACUGUCUCCUCAGCUGAGGGCUAGACAGGAGAAACUAUCUUCCUUUCCCCAUUAUCUGUGUUCACUUUUAUCUCUCUCUCUAUCAGCUAACCCUUCCCCUGUGCUUGUCCCCUGAGCACCCCUGCUUUAAGCCCUCUUGGCUGUUCCUUAUCACUGUUUUGCUCUUCCUCAGCCUGUCCUGUGACAGCUGCCCUGGGAAGGGGAAGUCAUUCCUCCCAUGUCCUCCCUGAGCCACAGCUCUGCAUUUACACAAUGCAGCCCUGACUGGUUACAAAAGAGGGAGUCAAACCACUAAAUAGGCAUCAAACUACAACAGCAGAUAGAUUAACACAAAAAGAGGGCCCCUGAAUUUACCAAGGUGACCUAGAGCUUGGGGGUAGGAUUGGAUUUGGUGCACACACAAAAAUGAAGAGCCUUGUCUUGGCUCUCCACCCCACUGGUAACUGGCAUGUGCUGGUUAGUGGGAGCUUUUUUUACUGCCAGCUGAACAAGCUUUACUAAAGGAGGCAAAAAUACAUACAUGUAACUUAAUUCCUUCCUCCCAGGUGUAGUUACAGCACAUACAAGGGUGAUGCUGGUUUAGGGCUUCUUUAACUCAAACCCACCCAGCUGAGCUAAAAUGGGAGCAAGGUGAAACAGCUGCUGCCACUCUGCAUCUGGUGGAGUGAAUUUACAUGCUGGCAGCCAGCCAGCUGAUGGUGGAUGGAAAUGAAUGUCUUGCAAAAACCCCCAGAGGCUCUCGCUGAGGCUAUCAUCCCUCUGAGGCUGUCAUGCAACCCUAUUCCCCAAAGAGCUUGCAAUUUAAGAUUUGACAAAUAGGUGAGUGUUACAGCGCAACAGGAAAGGCGCAGGCAAGAACAAACUUGACCCAAAGUCACAAAAUAACUCGGUAGCAGAGGGGGGAAGUUGCAGACUUGUAGAAGCCAGGUGCGAUCUGGAGGUUUGCACCCAAACCCUCUGCUCAUGCUGCUUGGGGAAGGGGAAUAAACUGAUGCACCAGCUGCACCUUGUUUAUGGAUUAUACCUGUGUAACUGUUUUGGGAAAAGGGCAUAUUGUCCAUGUGCCACAAGGCUAUACAUUAAAUUCACCUGAAAUUA